AUGGAAAAUAUAAAAGUGUUGGUCAGAGUUAGACCACUCAAUGAAAGAGAAACACAUUUGGGAGCACAUUCUUGUGUGUCUACCACAAAUAAUUCUGUUAUUCUAUAUAAUAAGAAGGAAUAUCAUUAUGAUCAUGUAUUGGGAAUCAAUUCAACAUAAGAGUAAGUGUUUGAUAAAAUUGGAAUUUCUACAAUUGAGUCAUUUUUGAAUGGAUUUAAUUUUUGUAUAUUUGCUUAUGGUUAAACAGGAACAGGGAAAACAUAUACUAUGUAAGGAAAAGGAUUAGAUGGCUUAUAAAAUGAAGAAAUUCAUUUUGGAUUACAACCUAGAUUAAUUUAAUAACUUUUUGUUAACUUACCAAAAGAAUAAACUUGGUCUAUUAAAUGUACUUACUUAGAAAUAUAUAAUGAAUAAUUGAUUGAUCUUUUAAAUGAUACUAAACAAUUACCUCUUACUAUCAGAGAAGAUUUAAAGAGAGUAUAUGUUGAAAAUCUCACUGAAAUAGUAGCUAGUUCUUAUAAUGAUAUUUUAUCUUUAUUAUAAAGAGGAAAUAACAAUAGACAUGUUUCAGCUACUUAAAUGAAUCUUGAGAGUUCAAGAAGCCAUUCAGUUUUUACAAUUUAAUUAGAAUAAAAAAUUUAGGGAAUUUAUACAAGAAAGAGCAAGUUAAAUUUUGUUGAUUUAGCUGGUAGUGAAAGAUAAAAAUUAACUGCUGCCACUGGUGAAAGACUAAAGGAAGCAGCUAAUAUUAAUAAAUCUUUAACAGUUUUAGGAUUAGUUAUUAAUACUCUUGCUGAAAAUUCAAAGAGAUUUAUUCCAUAUAGAGAUAGCAAAUUAACUUUUUUAUUAAGAGAAAGUUUGGGAGGUAAUUCAAAGACAAUCAUGAUUACUACAAUCUCUGAAGCAAGCAUUUCAUUUUAAGAAACUUUAGGAACAUUAAAUUUUGCUUCUAGAGCUAAAAAUAUUAAAAACUAAGUUAUUAUUAAUGAAGAAAUAGGAGAAGAUAGAGAAAGCCUAAAAGCAGAAAUUAAGAGAUUAAAAGAAGAACUUUCAUUAUAAAAAAAUUCAAAAUUUGAAAUAAUUCCGAAAUUCUAAUAAGAAGUAGAAUUGAUUUCAGAAAUAUUCAGUCAAAAUAGUGAAUUCAAUGAAAAUGAAUUAUUUUAAGAAUAAUUGAAAAAAUAAUUAAAUGAAAUGAAAGAAUACUAUGAAAAAAGAAUUGUCGAAUUAGAAGAGCAAAAUUAUUCAAAUAGGGAUCUUUAAAUUUAAUAAGCUAUUGAAAUUCAAAAAGAAUUAAAAUAUAAAAAUGAGAUCUUAAAUCAAAAAAUAUUAGAAUUGUCUUAGAAUGAUACAAUCUUAAAGGAUAAGAUUAAUGAAUAAUAAUUAAUUAUUACCUAGUUAUAAUAAGAUAAAAAAUAACUAAAAGCUUAUCAUUCUUUUCAGUAAACACUUAUUGAAAAGUAUGAAAACCCUUUAACCUAACACUAAGAUGAAAUUGCAGAUUUAAACAAUUAAUUAUUAAUAUAUUAAGAUCGAAUGGAUAUAGAUUCAUAGACUAUUGAGCUUUAGAGUGAUGAAAUAUCAAGAUUAUAAUUAGAGAUUUAAUAAACUAAUGUAAAAACAGAAAAUCUUCAAUAAAAUUUAAAUUCCUUUUAAGAUAUAUUGAAAGAAAAGGAAAAUUUUAUUGAAGAAUAGUCAAAAGAACUAAACAAAUAUAGAAAACUAAAUAAUGUUAAAUCAAAAAAAAUUUUAAAGAGUAUGAAAGUGCUCAAAAAAGAAAAAGAAAGCUACUAUAAUUUAGAGAUAAGGUAACUUAAUUUUCUACAAGAGCUUAAUUAAUAAAUGGAACUUGAAUAAAAUUUCCCUACAAAUGAGUCAAUAUAAGUGGGAUUAAAAGAAAAGUUUUAACAUAUUUAUAGUUUACUGAAUAAUUAAUUAAAAAUAACUAGUUAAUUAAAUUAAGAAAAAGAUAAUUUAUAGAACGAAUUUAAAUAAAUUUUCGAUAAUUUAUUUAAUUAAAAUUAAGCCUUGUAGUUAGAAUUAGAAAAAAAUCAAGAGAAUAAAGAAAAAGUCUAAUAAUAUGUCGAAUUGAACAACUAAUUUAUAGAUAGUUAUGAUAUUAUCAAUUAAAAGUUAAUAAGGAAAGAAAAUGAAGUUAUUAAAUUAAAAUCAGAACUGAAAUUAGAAUAAAAAGAUAGAGCACAAGCCUUAAAUGAAAUUAUUAAGUAAUUUUAAAUAUUUAUGAUAAGUCUUUGUUCUGCAAAAAUAGAUUUGUCUAAUAAUACAAUAAAAGAAUAUCAAUAAAUAAUCUAAUAAAUGUAAAUGAUUUUACUACUAUAAUGA